ACUCGUUUCCUUCCAUGGCACCUCCUCCCCCGGAGCCCUACACUUCCGCCUCCCGUCCUACCUACAGCCCCCGACCGCGUGCCGCCCCAUGGCCACCCCAAGAACAAUAUUUCCCAGAGCAGUCUACCGGCUACUACCCACCCCGAUACUACUCAAAUCAGAGGAGUCCUCCUCCUACUCCUCGUCGCACACCCCUAUACCGCGUCGUUACUCCCGGUGUUCCUUUCCAAGAGACCUUUGAAGAACUUCCUCCCAUGGCCUAUCCGCCUCAGCCUUCAAGAGGACGUGAUAACCCCUUUGACCCAAACUCAAGAUACUCGCCAUACGCAUCUUGGGUUCCACUCCGCCCAGCCCCAGUCCCAAGCCCAGCAUUCGCCAGACCCACCUACGAAGUCUACGAAACGCCCGAACCCGAGGGCCGGCGCACACCACCCCACCAACUCCCCCCCGAGCCCGCCGCACCACGAGCCUUAACGCCAAUCCUACCCGUAGACCUCUUCGAGCGUCCCGAAGCCCUAACCUUCCGCACACGCGAGGACCUACAAACACGUCUAGUCAGCACCUUCCGACCGCUAGUCGGCGUGCUAGGCGGUAUCGUAAAGCGCCACCUAAACCUAAAAAACCAACCCAAGGUCAAAUUCGACAUGUACCCAAUCCUGCUCAACGACACCCGACCGAUCCUAGCCAAGCGAAGCCAGACCUGGGACCGGGGUCCAAUCUUCCAAUUCACGAUCCCCCGCUCCCGGAUGCGGCCGCAGACGUUACAGGAUGUAAGCGACGCGCUCAAGGACGAAGCGUACAAUCAUGCGAACCCCUGGUACCGACAGGCUGGCUUCGUGUUCCGGGUUUCGACGCGUGGGGGCAAUAGGAGGGAGGGUCCGUUACGCAGGAUUCGGUAUUGGGUCCCGCCGGCUACGAUAUACGCUUUUGUGCGCCGGGCUGGAUAUCGCGCGGAGCAGGUUGUGCCGAUUCGGGAGGAUUUGGAGGAGUUGGAGUACCGACAGGACUUUGGUGAUACGAGUGAGGAUGAUCAGGAUGCGCUUGUGGAUGAUAUGUGGGAUUCUGUGAGGAAUAACAAUCAGGGAUUUCCUGGGGGAAGUAGUUAG